AUGGGGACGCUGGAGAAGGGCGCACACCACCAACCUGUGGACCUGUCUGAGGAGCUGCACCCACAUCUCCCCCCUCUCCCUCAUCAUCUGCCCCCUGUUGAGGCCCCGCGGGUGGUGGUGCCUCCCCCGUACUCUGUGGCAGAGGAGGUGAGUGAGGUUCCUCUGGAGCUCAGGGGCUCUCUGGAUUGUUGGGCUUGCUCGGUCCUGGUCACCGUUCAGAACCUGCUCAUUGCUGCCGUCAACGCCUGCCUCGCCGCCAUGGUGUUCGGCUCCAUCCUCACACCAGCAACUGUCAUGGUGGCGUUCGGCUUCCUCUGCCACUCCACCGUGCGGCCUCUUGGCUCCGCCCCCUACUGCUCGGAGCUGCUCAGUGACGGGGGCUGUGUGGCUCUGCUGGUUGUGGGCUUCCUCCUCAUGACUCCCCUCCUGGUCCUGGCUCUCGCUGCCUACUGCCGCCUGGCCAGACACCUGCAGCUGGGCCUCUGCUUCAUCCCCUACAGCCGUGCGGUCUACAAGAACCUGCCCGCCUCGCACCACCGCGGCCUGGGCUCUUGCUGUGGAGACCGUCCUGGUGCCCACAGCUCCGGCAAGGCCAAAGUGUGGGUGUGA